AUGCCAGCAGCUCAGUGGACUACUAAGGAACAAUACAAAUGGCUCCAUGAACAGUUGCCGGAGUAUAUUGCACUACACGGCGAGGACAAGGACUACGCGCACUUCUGGGCCAAGACUCAUCUUUAUUGGUUUAAAAAAGAGCAACAAGCUGAAGAACUUGCUGCCGAAAAAACGCGUAAAGUACGAUUGCAGACCUGGUUCCAUUGGCGGACAAACACAUCCAAGAAAAAUUGUGGCCUCAAGAAGGAAAUCUCCGUAUUUGAAAGUGCACUGCUGCCGAAGUCGCGCGCAAAAUCUGUCGAAGAAAUCUACAUGGAUAUGGUCUACGAUGAACGGAUCAAACCUCUAGUAGCGGCUCAACAAGAGGCAGGUAACGUAGCUACAGCUGGUCGCCGCAUGGCAUUGGGCCAAAAGUUUUGCAAAGAGCUCCUGGAAGAUGAGUCAGACGAGGUGAAGAAGGAGGUGAGAGAGAAGUACAAUAAGCAGAAAAAGGUAAAGAAGGACAUGCUACACGAUAAAGCUGAUGAUGACGAUGACGACGAUGACGAUGACGACGAAACCGACGCUGAUGCCAUUGUGAAAGGUAUCGACGAUUUACCAAUCAUAUGCCAGUGCUUUGCACGCCUCAUCAAGAAAAAGACUCGAUUUAUAGUCUCCUUCAUGUGCGCUGGACCGGACCCGAGGCAGAAUUGGAAUAUCGUAACUUUAUCGUGCCAUCCAUCAGAAACUCCUGCUGGGAACGACUUUUCUCAGUUAUGCCCUGACAAGGACAACACUUUCCUUGCCGCAUACCAGGAAUACGCUGAGUUGAUAUUCCGCGAUCAGACUGAGGAGCUCGAAGGAUGCAACAGUGGCAAAGAAUCCAAGGAUGGUGAAGAGAACGACAAAGGACAACGUGGUGAUUCCAUUGACUGGGAUAAUCUAGGCUUCGCAAGUUCCUCGACCGGAAUCAGUGAUGCAUCACCACUCGGUGAACUUAAUCAAUCCGCACUCUACUCUGAGACACAGGCACAAUGUGAUGCAUCAUUCAUACAGGCCCAGCCUGAUGCACCGUUCAAACAGGCCCAGCCUGAUGCAUCAUUCAAACAGGCCCAGCCUGAUGCAUCGCUCGAACACGCAUGGGACAACAUUGCCACCGUGCCUCCCAAUUCGUUUAGCAUGCUGCAAUCCAGUGUGCCUAGUACCGUCGAGGCGCUUGGGUUGUCUUUUUCCCAUGCUGAUCUUAUGGCACUGGGUUAUUUUGGUAGUGACAACACCACGCAGAACUUAUUUUCCCCCGCAUUCAGCUCAUCAGCGCCCUCAUUUGACACACAAUAUGACACGCACACGUGGAAUGGUGCCAAUUCUGAUUCACAGGGGUGGGAGAUGCGUAGCCUGUCCUCCUUCUUGAGCUCUCCAAUAUCUGCCGAGCGCAGCACUGCCACGACUGAGCAGGAUGAUGCCCUUCCUCAGUUCACUCAACAGUUGCCCAUUCUUCCAGCGGCAAAUCCUCCUUCACCAACUGAGCAGGAUGACACCCUUCCUCAGGCAUACAUACAGGAUCUUGCUGACACUCACGCUGGUGCUGGUCUUGCUAAGUCAAAGCGCAAAUUCAAGUCAAAGCCUGCUACCAAAGUCAAACACAAUCCCGCCAUGGAGUCCACCCCCAUCAUCGCACCCAUGAACACUGCCAAACCCAAACCCAAACCCAAAGCAAGACCUGUUGCCAAAUUAACGGAGACAUCGCACACCGCUGUGGAUGAAGGCAAUCCUGUAGCUCAACAUGGUCUGACAUUUGUUAGCAUUGGUAAGGAAACUCAAUCUGUUUCAGAGGAUGCUAGGGCAAUGAAGCGUCCCGCUAACUCAACCGUGGAGGGUGUGAUUUCUGCAAAGAAAAAGCGAACGAAGGCAUGA